CCGAAGAAGAAGAAGAAGAAAAAGGAGAAAAUAUUUUCGGUUGAGUUUUAUCCAGGUGAAAAAAAGGUAGCCUGUGGAAACGGAUUCUUCUCCUCGGUGUGCUGCUGCUGCUGCUGGCUCUCGCCACCAACUCGUCGAGCUCGUCAGUCGCAUACCUGCUGCAGUAGGCUACAGUACACGCACGUGUGUGUUGCACGAGUCCCGCAAAAAAGUAAUAAGAGAAAAAAAAGCCCGAACGUUGAAGAAGAAAACACACACAACAGACUGUCGUGACUUGACUCAAUUCGCUAUGGAUUAAAACCAAAAAAUUGUUAAAAGGCCGACUCGUUUCUGGUCCAGAUUUUUUGAUUUGUUCGACCAGUGCGCAGCAGCAGCAGCAGCAGCAGUACCUGCAGCAGGCUCGCCAACCCAACUGCACACAGAAUGAUGCAGGUGACAGUGAAGUGUUUCUCGCAUUGACUAGCCCUUUUUUGGUGCCUUCGAACCAGAGCUAGCUAAAUUUAAAAAAAGGAAAAUAACAAGUUAACGCUACGAAAUCAUACGAUUUGAUUUGAUCGCUAUUCGGGCCUGCCGGGACGCUCAUUUUCAUUUUCACACCCUGGGCGUAUUUUUUGUGAGUGCAUCGAUUCAAUUGACAGCAGACGUCGACGGAGGGUUAGUCGUUUUGAUAUCGGAAGAUGUCGCUUGGCAGUCGGUUCACCUUGGUCGUGACCUGUUUGACCUUGGUACUACCUGGCCCAUGCCGAGCCCAGCAGAAUGAUUGUUUCACGUCCAGCAGCAUAGUCGGCGCCGUGCUGGGCACCUUCUUCGCCACAGCCGUGGCACUAGCCCUGCUCGUCUUUUUCAUCUGGUGGAUCUAUUAUCGCCGCACGCCCAAUGGUGCAGACCGGCAGACUAAAGGGCCGCGUAUCGUGGAAAGCGGUUCGGGGUUUGACAAUCCCUGCUUCGAGGCCAAUCCUAAUUCAGAUGUUGUUGACGGCGGCAAGGCGGACGACUAUGGGCAGAAGGAUGCGAGGAGUACGUCAUGGACGCCGUUGCGGUUCUUCGGCGCCAACAAAAACGAAAAGAAAAGAUCCAUGGACGAUUCGUUUAUUUCGGAACCUGAACGCGUAUCAGUGCAGCUGCGAGGACGCGAUUUCACGGGCUUGGGACUUAACGUGACUGGCAAUAUGAGAGACGGAAUAUUCAUCAAAGAUAUUUCCAAUCGCGGACCAGCCUUUGAGUCGGGCAAAAUCGCUCCAGGCGAUAGGAUCCUCAAUGUGACAAUAUCCUUCCGCAACGUCGUCUUCGAAGAUGCCAUGACCAUUUUGAGUUAUGCGUCGCCGUAUGACGUCACCCUGGAGCUGGAAAAAGGUUUGCGCAACAACGGCAGCACGCUGAAGAAACGCAAAGCCUCCAGCACCGUGUCUCUGGCGUCGUCUUCGGCCAACGUGACACUCUUAGCUGGAACGGGAUCCGCUCAGCCGGAAGGACCACCCAAUGAGCGCUUGGUUCAUCCUUUAUAUCGCUCGCAGUCGAUUGAUGACCUAUCCAAGGUUGGUCGAGCGGAUAACACUAUUCGGGCGGAAGUGCGAAUUCCCAACUUAACGGGCCAUCUAAGUGGCGGUCUGGCCAAAUCAAAAUUACUCGGAAAAGCCAACCUUGAAAUCGACGCGCCGAAUGUUCCCGACGUCAAAAUCAAAGGUGGAAUUCCGAAACCUGGUUCCGUCAACAUUAGUUUGGACCCUGGAGAUAUCAACGUCGCUCCGCCGGAUGCCUCUUUGACAGUCGACCCCAGUCGAUCCUCGAAAAUGUCGAAAUUCGGAAUCAAAGUCUUACCAGACUUCAAAUUCAAAGGGAGCGCCAAAAGCCCUGAUUUGGGCAUGACGCCACUUCCUACCGGACUUGAUGUACGAGAAGCUGAGCUUAGUAUUCCUAAAGUAGAGAUACACACACCCAAGGCUUCCGAUCUUGCUGUAGACAUCGACAUGCCGGACGGCUCAAGAAUCAAAUCACCGAAAGGCAGCAUUUCCAUGGCGAUUGACAUGCCGGACCAAGAAUUUUCAGCUGCCGUGCCAGCCAUGAACGUGCCCAGCGACGUCAAACUCAACAUCGAAGCUCCUUCGCUCAAUGUUUCCGCACCAUCCGGCGUAGCCGAAGUGAAUGUCAAGGGUCCCGCAAUCAGCCAGCCCAAAAUGGACAUCAACCUCCCAACUUCAGCUAAUCUGGGCCUCGAUUUCACAUCGCCGAGAUUGCCAGAUGUUGAAGUCGAUCAAGAGAUUCCGAACGAUGUAUCCCUCGAUUUAAACAAAGCUGCGAAAUCCGGCUUUCAUAUCAAGUUCCCGAAAUUUGGCGGAAACAAAUCCGCCAAGGCAGAAAUACCCGAAACGGGUGUUGAAAUCACGGCGCCAGAAAUUGAUGUGUCCUUGCCUGAAGCCUCCCUCGAAAUGGACCCGAAGUUGAAAAAAGAUGGGUCCAAAGCAGGAUUCGAAUUCAAAAUGCCGAAACUAAGCUUAAAGAAGAAACCCGAACUAGGCGUGGAAGUUAAAACGCCGUUCUCUGUGCAAGCACAGAUCCCAGAGAUCGAUGUUGACGUGAAGAUGCCUGGAGCUUCUGUUGACAUUCAACCGCCGUCAGUGUCCGUCUCCGCACCAGAAGUGGAAUUACCUUCCGCAUCCAUUGACGUGAAAAAACCCAAAAUCGGCUUUUCCAUGCCGAAAUUCAAUAUGGGAAAUGACAAUGUCGAACUCAAAGAUUCCCUGGAUGUGAACGUCGGUAUUCCGAGUGCUCAUAUUGAUGUAUCUCGCCAAUCAGAUGAUAGUGAUAGCGACGAUGACUCUGAAGGAGGGAAGAAAAAACUUAAAUUCGGGAAAGUGCCUAAAAUCAGCUUAAACAAACCUCACAUUGAAGUAGAAGCUUCUGUUCCCGAUGCCUCAGCAAAAAUUGAGCUUCCCGAUGCCCAAGUCGAUGUUGGAGACUUUGAUAAAAUGGAUGUCAAGACGAAGAACAAAUUUGGAUUUAAAAUCCCGAAAUUUGGCGCCGGUGCCAAUAUUUCUGGCGGAGAAUUGGAUUUGGACGCUUCCCGUGAACUUGAAGUGAAAUUACCCAGCGCCGAAGUAAAAAUUGAGACCAGUGAUUCUUCCGACGACGAUGAAGACGAAAACGGUGAAAAGAAAAAGAAACGCUUCAACAUUAAGAUGCCGAAAUUUGGAUUACCCAAAGCUGAGGUGGACGUGAACGCGCCUAACAUCGCCAUGCCGUCGAUUACCGCUGAUGUGCCCAAUAUUAAACCAAUAGGAGGAAGCCUUGAAAUUGGAGUUCCAAAUCUAUCAGGAGAUGUUUUGGGGAUGCAGUCUGACAGUGAAGACAGUGAUAGUAAAGACGAAGGAAAGAAAAAGAGGAAAUCUUUAAAGAUUAAUGCUCCUGAGCUUCAAUUAGGUGGUGGCAUUAAUUCACCAAGUCUAGCACUCUCCCCUAUUGCCAUUGGCGAUGUGAACACUUCUGGUGGUGCCGACGUCUCUUUCGACGUCAAAGCUCCGUCACUAAGUUUUUCAACUCCAGUCAGUUCUUCUGAAUUCAAAGUCAAAGGACCAAGAAUUGACCAGCCCAAUAUCGACGUUAGUCUCCCAACAGGAGCUAAUCUGGACGUCAGCUUGAAAGCACCAAGCUUGCCCGAUGUUCCAGUUGUUCCAGAUAUUUCUAAUCCCGAGGUUUCUGUUGACUUGAACAAAGCUUCGAAAUCUGGAUUCCAUAUCAAAUUCCCGAAAUUUGGAGGAAGCAAAACUGUCAAAGCCGAUGUUCCUGACGCGGGAGUUAAAAUAGUCGCGCCAGAAAUUGAUGUGUCCUUGCCUGAAGCCUCACUUGAAAUUGACCCGAAGCUGAAAAAAGAUGGGUCCAAAGCAGGAUUCGAAUUCAAAAUGCCGAAACUAAGCUUAAAGAAGAAACCCGAACUAGCCAUGGAAGUCAAAGCGCCGUCUUCUGUACAAGCACAGAUCCCAGAGAUCGAUGUUGACGUGAAGAUGCCUGGAGCUUCUGUUGACAUUCAACCACCAUCAUUGUCCGUCUCCGCACCAGAAGUGGAAUUACCUUCCGCAUCCGUUGACGUGAAAAAACCCAAAAUCGGCUUUUCCAUGCCGAAAUUCAAUAUGGGCAAAGGCCAUGUGGAACUUAAAGACUCUUCCAAUAUCGUCGUCGAUGUUCCAAAUGUUAAGGCCGAUUUACCACAUCUAUCAGCUCUAAGUGACAGCGAAGAAUCAGAAGGAGGAAAGAAAAAACUUAAAUUCGGGAAAAUGCCUAAAAUGAGCAUGAACAAACCUCACAUUGAAGUAGAAGCUUCUAUUCCUGAUGCCUCUGUAGCAGUUCCAGAUAUUGAUGUUGGAGACUUGGAUGUCAAGACGAAGAACAAAUUUGGAUUUAAAAUCCCGAAAUUUGGCGCCGGUGCAAAUAUUUCUGGCGGAGACUUGGAUUUGGACGCUUCCCGUGAACUUGAAGUGAAAUUACCCAGCGCCGAAGUAAAAAUUGAGACCAGUGAUUCUUCCGACGACGACGAAGACGAAAACGGUGAAAAGAAAAAGAAACGCUUCAACAUUAAGAUGCCGAAAUUUGGAUUACCCAAAGCUGAGUUGGACGUGAACGCGCCUAACAUCGGCGUAUCUGGAAUUACCGCUGAUGUGCCUAAUAUUAAACCCAUUGAAGGAAGCCUUGAAAUUGAAGCACCUAAAUUCGAUGCAACUUUCCCAAAGAUGGACCUCGGUUAUUCUGAUGACGAGAGUAAAAAAAGUAAAAACACCAUGGGCCUUGCCAUUGGAGGAGCAGUACCCGAUAUUGAUGCUAAUGUAACAAUGAAUACGGGGAAUAUGGAUUUCAGCCUUGCCGACAAGAAGAAGAAAGGGGGAUCUGAGUUUGGAAUCAAAUUUCCAAAAAUGAAGACAAAUUUGAAAGGAAAUAAAGGCGACCAUUCCGAAUCGGACACCAGCAGCGAUGAAGAUGCCGAAGGAGACAAUAAGGCGUUUGGUGGCAAAAUUUCAAUCCCGUCAAUUGAUCUCUCCAGACCCAAAGCUGACUACCAAGGAAGCAUUCAGCUUCCAAAUGCCGAAUUCGACGUAAAACAGCCCAAACUUGAUCUCGAAACUGAGAUCGGUGAUGACGAAAACGACGACGACGAUACCAAAAAGAAGUCGAGUAAAUUCGGAUUCUCCAUCAAGAUGCCCAAAUUUAACAUGAAAAAGAAAACUCUUAACGCUGACAUCGAAGACAAAGACCUUUCAGCGCAUUUGAACCUUGAUUCUAUUUCCGGUGGCACUGACGACGAUCGCAGCCUCGGCGAAGACAAGAAGAAAGGGAAAGUGUCUGUCAAAUUACCAAAAUUUAGCAUGAAGAAACCCGACUUUGACGCUGACUUGAGUGUGGAUAAGAACAUGGACGUCCGAGCAGAUGUGAAGGCGCCACAAGUAAAUUUUCCGGAAGUAUCUAUCCACGGAGAUAAGGAAAUGCCCGGUUUUUCAUUACCCGACGUUUCUAUCGAAAAACCUAAACUUGACUUGACUUUGGAUUCAAAUAUCGACGUUGACGGAUCAAAGAAAUUCAGCAUCGACUCGGGAAAAGUGAAUUUCGGCCAACUACCAGCUGGUAUUACAGUCGGAGGACAGGUGCAACCUCCCCGCGUUCCAGACGCUAGUUUGAACCUUGCUACCGGUACCAGUCUGCAAGCUGACGUUGGGUUCCCGGGAGUUGAACUGGAUGUAGAUCAUGAUGAUUUCGAUGACGAGAAAAAGAAGUCGAAAUUUUUCAAGAUGCCUAAAUUUCAUAUGGGCAAACACCAUGGCGAAGUCAAAGUUGAUCAUGGGGCUAAGGUGAAUUUGCCAGAUGCCGAGUUCAAUUUACCAACUGGAAAAGUGGAACUUGACCAUAACAUUAGUCUCGAUAUUUCCAGCAAAGACGAAGGAGAUAGCGACGACGACAAAAAGGACAGCGGCAAGAAGAAAUCACGCUUUGGAAUUAAAAUGCCUAAAUUUCAAAUGAAGCAAUCUCAUCCCUCUGGCAUGAAUGUGGACAUUAAACCCGAAGAUGUUGCUUUUGGGGUGAAAAUUCCUGCGUUAGAAGCCAAUGUUGAAUCGCUCACUCUGGAACAAGAUUCCAUAAGUUCGGAUAACACGUCAAUUGAUAUGGAUCUUCCUAAACUCCCUGACCUUAACCCGAUUGAAGUAGACUUGACCGUUCCUAAUGUGAAAGUUGAAGUUCCAGAAAAAGACGGCAAGAAGAAAGGAAAGUUUAGUUUUAAAUCAAACUUUAAAAUGCCCAAACUUCACAUGAGUUCACACGGUAAAGGUCACGCCGAAUUGGAAGUCCCGUCAACCGAAAUUACUUUACCUAAAGUGGAAAUCGACUCAGCUGCAGAAAUCCGCAAAAGCGACAUUGAUUGUGGUGACAUUGAAACGGAAGCCUUGAAUGUCAAAUUCGGCGCCAGUUUGCCCAAAAUCGACAAGCCCUCGACUGAUUUCGAUAUCAAAUUCGAUUCCAAUGUGUCUUACCCAAACCUAAGUCUGGAUGUUAAAGGAGACGUCAAAUCAGAUGAAAGUGACGAUGAAAAAAAUAAGGGAGAGAAAAAGAAAUCCGUCGGAUUGGGCUUUAAAAUGCCAAAGCUCAGUGCCAGUCCCAAAACUGAGUUCAAUCUGCCUGACGUCAAAGCUGAAGUGAACGUGAAAGCACCAAAGACAGAAGCAUUGAAAUUGGAGGGCAAUUUUGAUUUAGAUGAAGGCGACCAAUACAAGAAAUCUCCUUUUAUUGUCAAAAUGCCUGCCCUCAACCCAGUGAAGCCGGAUCUGCAGUUAAACGUAUCCGCACCUAAAGAUGAUUCACACAGCGACGACAGCGAUUCGGAAGAAGAGAAAACCAAGAAGGGAUUUAAACUGGGAUUUAAACUUCCCCAAUUAUCCAUGCCACAGUUGAGCAUGGGGGGGAAAAGUGAAGGUCUCCAUGCCGACUCCACCUUGAAUGUUAAAAAACCAGAACUGGACGCGCCUUCCAUUGAUACUAAUGUUUCUCUUCCCGAAGUAAACAUUUCAACGAAGCAAAAGGGUCGAUUUGAGACUGACUUCAACAUGCCAUCCUUUUCCGCUGACAAAAAGACAAGCGACGACAGUAGCGAUUCCGAAGACGAGAAAUCAAAAUCGAAAGGAUUGAAACUUGGAUUCAAAAUGCCAAAGUUAUCCAUGGGAGGAAAAGGCAAUGUCGAUCUUGACGCGGAUGCUGCCAUCAAGGUGAAACAACCCGGAUUAGAUGUACCAUCAAUUGACGCUGAAAUGUCACUUCCCGAAGUAGAUGUGAAAAAGAAGGGAAGUUUUGGAUCCCAUUUCAAAAUGCCAACUUUCUCCACCAAAGCUGACAUAAGUGCAAGCGCCGAGCAGGUUGACAGAAGCGGCGACAGUAGCGAUUCAGAUGACGAGAAAUCAAAGAAAGGAUUGAAUCUUGGCUUCAAAAUGCCAAAAUUAUCCAUGGGAGGAAAAGGCGACGUCGAUCUGGAUGCAGAUGCUUCCAUCAAAAUGAAAAAACCUGAAUUAGAUGUACCCUCAAUUGAUGCUGAUGUCUCUUUUCCAGAGGUAGAUGUUACAACAAAAAAGAAGGGAAGCUUUGGAUCCCAUUUCAAAAUGCCAACUUUUUCAACCAAAGCUGACAUCAGUGCAGCUGGUGGUGAGCAGAUCGACACAAGCGACGAUGACAGCGAUUCAGAUGAUGAGAAAUCAAAAAAGGGACUGAAACUUGGCUUUAAAAUGCCGAAAUUAUCCAUGGGAGGGAAAGGUGAUGCCAAUCUCGACGCGGAUGCUGCCAUCAAGCUGAAACAACCCGAAAUAAACGUACCCUCAGUUGAUGCUGAAGUUUCACUUCCUGAAGUAGACAUCACGACAAAAAAGAAAAGUAGCUUUGGAUCCCAUUUCAAAAUGCCAACCUUUUCCACCAAAGCAAAUGUGAGUGGCGCCGAACAAGGUAACACAAGUGACGAUGACAGCGAUUCAGAUGACGAGAAAUCAAAAAAGGGGCUGAAACUUGGCUUUAAAAUGCCAAAAUUAUCCACUGGAGGAAAAAGUGACGUCGAUUUGGAUGCGGAUGCUGCAAUCAAGAUGAAACAACCUGAAUUAGAUGUACCCUCAGUUGGCGCUGACGUUUCUCUUCCUGAAGUAGACAUCACGACGAAAAAGAAAAGUAGCUUUGGAUCCCAUUUCAAAAUGCCAACCUUUUCCACCAAAGCAAAUGUGAGUGGCGUCGAACAAGGUGACACGAGCGAUGAUGAUAGCGAUUCAGCAGAUGACAAGUCAAAAAAGGGACUAAAACUUGGCUUUAAAAUGCCAAAAUUAUCCAUGGGAGGGAAAGGUGAUGCCAAUUUCGACACGGAUGCUGCCAUCAAGGUGAAACAACCCGAAUUAGAUGUACCAUCAAUUGACGCUGAAAUGUCACUUCCCGAAGUAGAUGUGAAAAAGAAGGGAAGUUUUGGAUCCCAUUUCAAAAUGCCAACUUUUUCCACCAAAGCUGACGUAAGUGCAAGCGCCGAGCAGGUUGACAGAAGCGGCGAUAGCAGCGAUUCAGAUGACGAGAAAUCAAAGAAAGGAUUGAAUAUUGGCUUCAAAAUGCCAAAAUUAUCCAUGGGAGUAAAAGGCGACGUCGAUCUGGAUGCAGAUGCUUCCAUCAAGAUGAAUCAACCGGAAAUAAACGUACCCUCAGUUGAUGCUGAAGUUUCACUUCCUGAAGUAGACAUCACAACAAAAAAGAAGGGAAGUUUUGGGUCCCAUUUCAAAAUGCCAACCUUUUCCACCAAAGCAAAUGUGAGUGGCGUCGAACUAGGUGACACGAGCGACGAUGAUAGCGAUUCAGGGGACGACAAAUCAAAGAAAGGAUUGAAACUUGGAUUGAAAAUGCCGAAAUUAUCCAUGGGAGGAAAAGGUGACGUCGAUUUGGAUGCGGACGCUGCCAUCAAGAUGAAACAACCCGAAUUAGAUGUACCAUCAAUUGACGCUGACAUCUCUCUUCCCGAAGUAGACAUCACAACGAAAAAGAAGGGAAGCUUUGGAUCCCAUUUCAAAAUGCCAACAUUUUCCACUAAAGCCGAUGUAACUGCAGGUAGUGGCGGACAGAUCGACACCAGCGACGAUGAUAGCGAUUCAGGAGAUGACAAAUCAAAAAAGGGGCUGAAACUUGGCUUUAAAAUGCCAAAAUUAUCCAUGGGAGGAAAAGGUGACCUCGAUUUGGAUGCGGACGCUGCCAUCAAGAUGAAACAUCCCGAAAUGAACGUCCCCCCUGUUGAUGCAGAAGUUUCACUUCCUGAAGUAGACAUCACAACAAAAAAGAAGGGAAGUUUUGGAUCCCAUUUCAAAAUGCCAACCUUUUCCACCAAAGCAAAUGUGAGUGGCGCCGAACAAGUUGACACGAGCGAUGAUGAUAGCGAUUCAGCAGAUGACAAGUCAAAAAAGGGGUUGAAACUUGGCUUUAAAAUGCCAAAAUUAUCCAUGGGUGGAAAAAGUGACGUCGAUUUGGAUGCGGAUGCUGCCAUCAAAAUAAAACAACCCGACUUAGAUGUACCCUCAGUUGGCGCUGACAUUUCUCUUCCCGAAGUAGACAUCACAACGAAAAAGAAGGGAAGCUUUGGAUCCCAUUUCAAAAUGCCAACCUUUUCCUCUAAAGCUGAUGUAUCUGCAGGCGAACAAAUCGACCCAAGUGACGAAGAAAGUGAUUCAGAUGACGAAAAAUCAAAAAAGGGGCUGAAACUUGGCUUUAAAAUGCCACAGUUGUCCAUGAGUGGGAAAAAUGACGGCAGUUUAGAUUCAGACUAUACAGUCAAAGUUAAACAACCUGAUCUGGAUAUCCCUUCACUCGAUGCAGAAGUCUCACUUCCCGAAGCAGAACUUUCGACGAAAAAGAAAAGUUCCUUUGGAUCCCAUUUUAAAAUGCCAACCUUUUCCACCAAAGCGAAUGUCAGCGCAAGUGGCGCCGAACAAGUUGGCACAAGCGACGACAGUAGCGAUUCAGAGGACGAAAAAUCAAAGAAAGGAUUGAAACUUGGCUUCAAAAUGCCUCAGAUAUCUACUGGUGGUAAAGGCGACGUUAGCCUAGAUUCUGAUUCUACAUUCAAAGUAAAACAACCUGCUCUGGAUGUUCCUUCCAUCGAUGCUGAAGUAUCACUCCCCGAAGCAGAGCUAUCCACAAAAAAGAAAAGUAGCUUUGGAUCCCAUUUUAAAAUGCCAACCUUUUCCACCAAAGCGAAUGUAAAUACGAUCCAAGUUGAGAAACACGACGACAGUAGCGAUUCAGAGGAUGAGAAAUCAAAGAAGGGAUUGAAAAUUGGUGUUAAAAUGCCUCAGAUAUCUACUGGUAUUAAAGGCGAUGUCAAUCUAGAUUCAGAUUCUACUAUUAAAAUAAAACAGCCUGAAUUGGACGUACCCUCAAUUGAUGCUGUCCUACUUCCUGAAGUUGAUGUUACGACGAAGAAGAAGAGUAGUUUCGGAUCCCAUUUUAAAAUGCCUUCGUUUUCCACCAAAGCCAACGUUAGCGGAGCCGCAAAAAUCGAAACAAGUGACGACAGCAGCGAUUCAGAUGACGAGAAUCCAAAGAAAGGAUUAAAACUAGGAGUCAAAAUGCCUCAGUUAUCUACGGGCGUUAAAGGCGACAUCAAUCUAGAUUCAGAUUCUACCAUCAAAGUAAAGCAACCUGAAUUGGAUUUACCCUCAAUCGAUGCCGGAGUUUCUCUCCCCGAUGCAGAUCUUUCGAUUAAAAAGAAGAGUAGCUUCGGAUCCCAUUUUAAAAUGCCUUCCUUUUCUACGAAAUCCAAUGUAACAGUGAGUGGAGUUGAGGUUCCAGAAGUAAAUAUGGUUCCUCCUCGAUUGCAGACACAAGAAGAGGAACAUGGUUUUUCUGUAACUGGUGAAGAGGAUUCGGAAAAGAAAAGUCAUAAAAUUGGCAUAAAAUUACCUAAAUUUCAAACACGACAGAGAAAUGCUGAAGUAUCUUUACCACAGGUCGAACUUAGAACCGAGCAUUCUUCGGAUGAAGAGGACAAUGACAAAGAGUUGAAAGUAAAAGUUAAGAAGCCCAAAUUCGGAAUUAAACUACCAGAAUUCAACAAACCGAAACUAGAUGCAGGAGUUAAUAUCCAAUCUUCAAACCUUACUGGAAAUAUAGGUUCUGAUGUUAAUUUCCCACGAACCAGUAUUGAGAUUAAUCAGCCCGCAGCGAUCAGCUUCAAAGAUACGUCAAACAUUGAUAUUCAGGUUGGAAAUAUUGACGCUGAAGUCGCUAAGGUAAAUGCCCAAAUAGCUCAAGUUCAAGCCGAAAUCGACAUUCAGUCAGGAAAACAAAAGGCAAAAAUCGAAGACGACGAAUCCAGUUCUUCGUCGUCGGAUAGUGAAACUGAAGAAAGAACCAAAACGUCCGGCAUUAAUUUUGGCCUGAAGUUACCGAAGUUCUCGCUAGGCAAAGACAAACCCGAAGUGGAGCCUAAAGUGGACGUCAGCAUGCCCACUGUGUCACUGACAACAAAGAAUAAUGGCGACGACAUGACAUCACCAUCUCUUUCCAGUUUGGAAGUGGAACCUGUCAAGUUAGAAGGUGGCCAUGGUAGUGAAAAGGAAAAGAAGAAAUUUAGUCUUGGUUUGAAAAUGCCAAAAUUUCCAUCGAAGGGGAGCGCAGUAGUCGUGGAAGGUGACGUUGGAUCUAGUUCCAAAGAUGUUGACGUUGCAAUCGCACCGAAGCCUCUUAAAGUCAAUGUCAAAGCGCCUAAAAUGAAAUUAAAAAAGAAGAAAGGAGAACAUCACCAAUCGUCAUCCAGCGAUAGUGACAGCGAUGAAAACAAUGACGAAGACGAUCAGCCUAGAAACAAAGAUGCCAGUGGUAACACUCAAUUGAUGGGAGUGGAAGUCAAAUUACCACGGGUUCAAGUGUACAAGAACGUUGAAUACCAAGAUGCCGAAAAGGGUCAUCACGACAGUAGCUCUGAUGAAGAGGAUGAGGUGAAGGAUAUUAAAAAAAACAUCGGUGCUCGUUUCGGUGUCAAACUGAAAAAGCCUAAAAUGUUUUCCAGUAGCAAAAUAGAGAUUACUGGCAAGAACGAUUCGGGUAAUAACAGCAGCAGCCUUCAACCGGAAUGGAAAUUGCCUCGAGUCGAUCUUCGCCGUGCAUCAAAGUCAUCCGACCAAGAGCUUAGUAUUGAAGUUGAUUUGGAUGGAAUAAGUGAACAACAAAAACUUGAGCAACUUUCGCCAUCAGAACGAGCCGAAGCGAUCAGACGUGAUUCGAAAUCAAGUGCUGGAAUUCGCUUACAUUCGCCGAGUUACAUAAGUCUAAUGCCAAGUCCACGCUCCAAGAAACCAAACCUAGAAAUGCUGGAUGUUGAUUCCUCACCAAAGCUGCUGUCCGUUACUCGACUAGAUCCUACUCCUCCGAUCGAGAGCUCCGUUAAAAUGCAACAACCAAUGUAUGGCAAUAUUGAACUGACCACCACCAUGACUGGCCCACAAGUUUCGGCUAGCCAGGUUCCUUCAUCCGUUAUUAUGGCUUCGGAUGCUGUCAAGAUGAAACGUGGCCCACCCACUCCAGCUCGACGCUUCAUAGUUCCAUUUGAACCGAAUUCUGCCGUCUUACGCGUCGCUCCCCCUGUUAUUACAACAGACGUAACAGUGGAAGGCGGAUUUUCAACACUGAUAUCUGAAGAUGUAUCUAGCGAAUUUGAAGUCAACAUUGUUGAUCCAUCCUUCGCUUCCGGCAACAACCAACAAGCUUCUGAUACGGAUAUCUCGAUAACAACAUCAACCGGCUCGGAUACACUGGUCAUUAGUUGCCCUACGCCGUCGUCUGGACAGCAAGAAGCCCACAAUCGUAAAGCUUCUUCACUCGGCGAUCUGACUCGCAUUCCAACUUCCGGAAGCGAGGAAGGAUCUCUUGAGAGGACUGUAUCACUUGACUUCAAACCGGUUUCAACAUUGGCUGGUAAUUCGUCACGAGCUAUUUACAACUUGGCCGUCCAAGAUCUAAGCCGUGUUGGCGAGGAUAGUGAUGAAGACUACAAUCUAAAUCGGAAACGUACGCUAUCCGAUCACGCAAGCCUGGAAAGUGAGGUAACGAUCGUCACCGCAGACGAAGUUGACGCACAACGACUAUCUUCUGCCAACAUGCCUGGCGGUAAUCGUACAUUUCUGACCAUCAAUACCGACGUCGAAGGUGGCAACGUCACGCAACGGCCAUUAGGUGGCGAUAUUGCUGAGUCCUUGUGGUUUGGCAGCACCAGUAUUCAAACUGUAGAAAGUGUCCAAACAACGAUGUCCUACACUCAAAUGGAAGAAUCCAUUAGCACUGAUGUAACAUUGACGACCACUAGUUUAGGUACUAGCCCUUCUGAAACUAGUUCUAGUUCAGAAGGAAGUCCGUUUUCUCCGGCCAGUCCAGAGCCCAGUGGCGAGAGCACUCCAAAUUUAAUCGAACACUCAUCUCAAAUUGAGAACGGUAGAACUCAGCAAUUUCACACAGAAAUGACGGAACUUGCCCAAGGAGAAUUGGGAUUUAGUGAUACCCACACUAUAACUUUGGAGAUGUCAUCCCUUUCCGAUGAUUCACAACCACAGCCGUUAACUGAUUUAAACCCAAGUGCAGGUAAUUUUGCUGCUGUCCGCAACCGCUUUGAGCAACUGAGUGGCAGCAACCCGCUCAAUGGAGGCGAAAUGACUGGUUCUUUAGGCCGGAAUUCCGGCCGAUUGAGCCAAACCCAAGGAACCGUAAUCAAACGAUUAAGUGGAAAUUUUGAAGAUCUUCCGCCAUCCUCUGUCAACGUGGUUCAGAAAUCGUUCAUGCAACAUAUAGCACCGGAAUUAAGCGAAGGUGCCCUCUCCCGUACAGUCAUCAUCUCCAGCCUGACACUAGAUCGAGCAGAACAAAACAGCGUUAGCUCUACAACUGGCAUUGGUCCCGAGUCACCCGUUCCAAAUUUAGAGCCCCCAUGUUAAAAGUCAAUUCAAUGGGAAAGGCGCCAACAGCUUAUUCCGAGUGAGAGCAUUAAACAAUUCACAAUCCAUAACUAGACUACUAAGAUUUUAUGUUGCGUGUUUUUUUUUUUCACUUUUUAUUUAGUAUCUUGCUUGUAAUAAUUUUAAAUCGAAAAUUAAAUUUCGUAAAGGAAAAAUGGGAAAACUCAAUCAAGAUCAAAAUUCAACGGCGCCCAGUGAGUUAUGCGUAAAGCAUAAUUUUAAAAAGAAAAUAUCUUAAAAUCAUUAUAGUUUGGUUUUUUGCAUGAAACAAAAAGUGCCUAUUUCGUCAUGAGAAAUAUUGCUCCCAUUUUCAUUUGUAUAACAAUGUGUUAUUGCGAAUGCUUCUAUUAUUUCUUUCUGACAUCUGACUAAUCGAUCCUCCUAUUUGAUUCAAUCAGACAGUAUCAUUAAAACACCUAAUUAUCUUAUCGCUAAAAUCUAUAUGGUAUACCGUACGAAAUGGCAUCGCGUUCUUUGAACUUUAUUCCUUUUAUUUUUCCAUGGUUUCAAUAGUAUAACCAAAUAGUGUGUAAGUUGCUCAAAAAACCAAAAAAAAAAAAUCGCAAAAUUAAGCUUUCCAAAGUUGAAAAGUAAUGAAUUAAUUUGGAACAUCAGUUAUCUGGAUUCAUGGCAAAAGUUUUACGAAAUGAAAUCCAAAAAAAAGCAAAUAUUGAAUCCUGUCUGUCAUCGACAUUUAACCGACUAGUUUAAGAUGGAAAUUUUGUACAUACAUAAGGAAGAAUUAGCGGCAUUUGUCUGGAGACUUUUACAUUCUAGUUUUCUGUCGAUAAAGUCUGUGUAUAAAUGCGUCCAGAUUUUCAUUUAUGGAUACAUAUUUAACUUUAAAACAUAUUUUAUGCACCCCAGAACUUACUUUGCUACCCAUUUUUUAAGUACACGUGCUGUAUCUAAUCUGACAAGAGCGGCCUUUAUCCGUGUUCCGCCCUGUCGAUAUUUGGUAUCGCAAUGUACCCUUUUCUGUAGACUACUAAGUAUACACCCCAUUAUAACUCCAUAUUUUGUGACAUUUGUUAUCCGACAUUAUCAAUACACUCUUGUUUUGAAUAUA